AUGGAGUCCACGCCCGCAGAAUCCAAAUGCCUUCCUGAAAGGCCUGUCGCCCCCGCAAAUCCUCCGGAGAAAAAAGAGGCGGAGAGGAAGGAGAAGAAGGAGAAGAAGGAAAAGGAAAAGAAGGAGAAGAAAGAGAAAAAGAAGGAGAAUAAGGCGAAAGCGCCCAAAGCCCCGGCGGCUCCCAAGCCGAAACGCGAACCUCCGCCUCCAUCUGAUCCCGAACAGAUGUUCAAGGUUGGUUUCCUCGCCGAUGUCUACGAGGAACGUCCCGAAAAGCAUGUUGUUACGCGAUUCCCCCCGGAACCCAAUGGCUAUCUGCACAUCGGACACAGCAAGGCCAUUGCUAUCAACUUUGGCUUUGCCAAAUACCACGGUGGGGUCUGCAAUUUGCGAUUUGAUGACACCAACCCAGCUGGUGAGAAACAGGAGUACUUUGAGUCUAUCAAGGAUAUUGUGCAGUGGCUGGGCUUCAAGCCCUACACUAUCACCCAUUCAAGCGACAACUUUGACCGCUUGUACGAAUUGGCCGAGGAGCUGAUCAAGAAGGAUGGGGCUUAUGUAUGUCAUUGCUCUAAGGCGGAAAUCGAAGCGCAGAGAGGUGGCGGCAAAGGCAAAGGCCACGCUCGCUAUUCCUGCCCUCAUCGCAACCGCCCCAUCGAGGAGUCCCUCACUGAAUUCCGUGCCAUGCGCGAUGGCAAAUAUAAACCGAUGGAAGCGUCUCUUCGCAUGAAACAGGACAUUGAGAACAACCCAAACCCGCAGAUGUGGGAUUUGGCUGCGUAUCGUAUCCUGGAUGAGAAGGAAAGCCACCAUUUCCGCACGGGCGACAAGUGGAAGAUCUACCCGACCUACGAUUUCACACACUGCCUAUGCGAUAGCUUUGAGAAUAUCACCCACUCGCUUUGCACCACUGAAUUUGAGAACUCCCGUGAGUCGUACGACUGGCUGGUCGACAAGCUGGGCCUCUAUAAACCCAUGCAGAGGGAAUACGGCCGCCUCAAUCUGACGGGUACGGUCAUGUCUAAACGAAAGCUCAACCAACUCGUCAAAGAGGGCUAUGUUCGGGGCUGGGACGACCCUCGUCUGUAUACGCUGAUCAGUCUGCGUCGUCGGGGUAUCCCCCCUGGUGCUAUCUUGUCGUUCAUCAACGAACUGGGUGUCACCAAGAACUUGAUCAACAUUGAGAUCGCCCGUUUUGAGCAGGCUAUCCGGAGUUACCUGGAGUUCUCUGUACCGCGACUGAUGAUGGUCUUGGACCCCAUCCUGGUUGUCAUCGAUGACUUGCCAGAUGAUUAUGUGGAAAUGAUUGAACAACCUUUCUCUCCCAAGGAUCCUUCUUUCGGCUCACACCAAAUCCCCUUCACCAAGCGCGUAUACAUUGAUCGCAGCGACUUCCGCGAGGAAGACUCCCCAGACUACUUCCGCAUGGCGCCUGGGAAGUUAGUCGGUCUAUUGAAGGCCCCGUACCCUGUCGUAGCAACGUCGUAUGAGAAGGACCCAGAAACCGGGCUCGUAAACCUGAUCCAUGCACGUUUCGAGAAGCCAGCCGAUGGGGCUGCACCGAAGAAGCCUAAAGCCUUCAUCCAAUGGGUCGCCGAUUCCCCCGCGCACAACAGCCCCGUUAAGGCUGAGGCGAGAGUCUUCCAUCCUCUAUUCAAAUCGGCCAAUCCGUCGGCGCAUCCGUCGGGCAACUUCAUUAACGAUAUCAACCCGCACUCGGAGGACAUCUACCCCAAUGCCAUGGUUGAGGUCGGUUUCCACGACAUCCGCCGCCGGGCACCUUGGCCGGCGCAGGGCGGCGGCGAACAUAACCCCGGUGAGGAGAAGGAGACUGAGGGCAGCGUUGCACUUGGGCCGGAGAGCGUCCGGUUCCAAGCAAUGCGCAUUGCGUACUUUGCCAUGGACAAGGAUACGACGGAUGAGAAGGUGGUAUUGAAUCGCAUUGUGCCUCUGAAGGAGGGUAUGUAA